CUUAUUUAAAGAAAGUUGACUUGAUUCAUAUUUGUCUUUUUUUUUUUUCUAAUUCUUAUUCUAAUUCUUUUUUUUCCUCUUUUUCCUAUUUAUUUUCUUUCCUUUUUAUUAUGAAGACAAAAAGCCUACAUAAUUUUACUUUACCGAAAAAUAUUGUAUCAAACAAUGCAGAUAAUGAUUCUUUUUCAAGAGAUCUUUUACGUCAAUUCGAUAAACGUAGAUCAAGGUUACACUUUGAAUUAGGGUUCAUAUCUCAAGAACCAUCACCGGAAUCUUCUUUAAUUCAAACACCACAAAGCAGUAACGACUAUAGUGAUCAAGAACCAGUUCAGUUAGACCAAAUAGAAGAACAACAACAACAAGAACAAGAACAAUAUAAUUAUAAAACAUCCAACACAAGUAAACAAUCAUCUACAGCAAGUGCUUUUUUGCGUAGAUCAUCCGCCUAUUUAAAAUCAAAACUUGAUUCAAUAAGAAAAAAUAACAAACCGAAUCAUAAUGAUGUCCAACGACCUAAGCCAACAAGAUUACUAAUGAAAACAACAAUAUCUAUUCCAUCAACUGUGACAAAACCCAAAACUAAUCCUUCCGUUAUACCACCAUCACUAACAACAACAACAAUCACUCAAUAUCCUCCAAAGCCACUUGUUUAUUCGCCUAUUGAACCUAUUAUAACCCCUUCUGAGGACAAAGAAUCAACAAAACCUCUGCUCCAUCGUAUUUCUAUGCCCCUUAUUCGUGUCUACCAUGACUCUUCUACUUCAAUUAUACGUCAUAAAUCUAUUGCUUCCUUUGUUAAUCGUAGAAGAAAAUCUGAACCUGAUCAAAGAACGAAAAAAAAGUUUAAAAAAGUUGGAAAGUAGUUUAUAUAUGAUACAUUUAUGCUUUACUAUAUGCUCCAUUAUUAC